CAGAGAGGCUGCUUGUUCUGAAAGGAGUUGCUAUUCAGCUGCAGAAGAAGAAAAUCCUCAGGUGAAGAAAUCUUACCUUGGAUCAACACAGGAGGAAAACAACCCGGAUAUAUUUAUAUUUAUUUAUAAAUGGAUAUUUUGAUUAAUUGUCAUAAUCAAAGUAAUCCUAAACAUCUCAAUGGAUUUUUCAUAUCAAGGCUAUUGGUGGAAGGGUGUGGCCGUUCUUCUUUUCUGUCAAAGUAUCCUCUCAGCUAAAGGAACCACAUCAGGCCCAGAGCCUAGCUGUGAUGCUGGCGAUGCAGCACUUCAACUCCUCCAGCCUCAUCGCCUUCCGUAACCACACCACCAUGUUGCAGGACCCUGAGAUUAAGUUGGCGGGUAAUGCCACCACUCAACGGAACCCCACGUCAGCAGGCCUCAACAUGACUCUGGGCAUCCUGUUCAACGUGAUAGCCUUUUUCAUUCUCGUCAAGGCUUAUAACCGCUACCGCCGGAGGUCCAAGGCCACUUUCCUUCUGUUUGCCAGCUCCCUAGUGGCCACAGAUCUGGCUGGACAUGUUAUCCCUGGAGCAUUGGUCAUGAGGAGAUACUCGGCGAGUUUUGGGUCCACGAGCAAUCUUACAUCGAGCUUUCAGGGUAAUCCUGCAAAUCCAGAUGCCUCCUGCCAGUUUCUGGGAGGCUGCAUGGUGUUUUUUGGUCUUUGCCCACUGUUUUUGGGCUGCGCCAUGGCUGUUGAACGCUGUCUGGGUAUUACCAAACCUCUGCUGCAUGCUCAGCUGGUGACCACAGCAAGGACAAAAACAGCACUAACUAUGAUAUGGUUCAUGGCUUUAUGCAUAGCCCUGCUGCCCACCUUUCAGUUAGGUGAGUACACUUAUCAGUACCCAGGGACGUGGUGCUUUAUCAGGGUGGUGGAGGACACUAAAUCCACUGAUCUUGCCUUCAUGAUACUGUUUUCUGGAAUGGCUUUGAGCUCUCUGGCGAUGGCCUUUGUGUGCAACACCAUCAGUGGGAUCACACUUAUAAUAACCCGUCUGAAGAAGAGGGGCUCUGAGAGGUCCUCAACGAGGUCUCAUGACACAGAAAUGGUGGUCCAGCUGGUGGGCAUCAUGGUCACCUCCUGCAUCUGCUGGAGCCCUCUGCUGGUCUUUGGACUGAUCUCAGCCACCCACUCCUACAUGGGCAUUACGUUCGAUAACAAAACCUACAGUAAGCUCAUGGUGACCGGUGUCAGGAUGGCAACCUGGAAUCAGAUCCUGGACCCCUGGGUCUACAUCUUGCUGCGACGAGCCGUCCUCCGAAAAAUCUACCGCAUCACCAAAAAGCAAGCUAGUAUGAAGGGAAGAACUUUUAGCUCCAUCCGCUUGGAUGUCAUCUCUCUUCACAACACAGAGAAAAACAGUGUUAAAAAGAUUUAAAGGAGGACAAGUGAGGAUUUUUCUUUAUUUUUUUUUUUUUUUUUUUUUGUUGUUUUUCUUUCACUUGCCAGUGAGACGAUGCUGAACUUGAUGAUCAAGUAUUCAUAUAAUACUUGUUGUGGUUGGUGGGAUUUCAAUCCAACCUAAUGGAUGUAAAUGAAGCUUGUGAGGAUCUCACUGUUUCAGAUCUGAAAUAUUGACUGGCCAGGAAUAACAUCUGAGUUGGUUCUAUGGUUCUAUGUAUGAAAAAACGUGAAAAAAAAAAUAAAUAAAUAAAAUAAAAAGAACGGGCCCAACUCAGAGAAAAUUAGUUUACAAAAGAGUGCAAUACCAGUUUGUCCUGUGUGAGAAUGCGGUGCUUGCAAACUAAUGAAGCCUUUAAGAUUUUCUGUUAUUCUCCACAAAUAAACCUAAAACAUUGUUAAUCAAAUGAGACUAAAUAUUAUACUAGGUUAUUUAUAUUUAUAAAAAAAUUGUAUGUUUUGGAAUUGUGGCACGGACAAUGGAAAUUUCUAACAAUUCAGAAAGAGUUGUUAAUGCAGGAAAAUGUUACGAGGCUGCACAGAGAAAGUCAUCACUCUCCAAAAAGAACAUUGUGGUUUAUCUGGAAUCUGAUACCUAACUAAAAGAAGCCAGAAGGAUGUUGGAAAAUAUGCUUGGUGGAUUUAUGAAGCCAACUUGGCUUAGAUGAGAAGGGUUUUUAGUUUAAAUGAGAUGUGUUAUGCAGCAGAAAGGAGAAAAAAAAAAAAGCUGAAUCCCAGCCCAGUGAUGAAGCCUGGCGAUGUAUUUAUCUAAACUUCCUCUAAUUAAAUGUAGCAUCCAGGCCAUUUCAUUACAGAUCAGAAUUGAUGACUGAAUGUGACAAUGGUCCAAGCCAUAAAACGUUGCACUUUAGUGAUAAAUUCUAACAAAACUGUACAGCUUAAGUUUCAGUAUCUUGCAGAAGCAAUACUGAACUUUGUCAUAUUAGCAUCCAUCUUGCAUUGUCCCUGUACUCUGAGAUCUCCCUUUAUUUUCCUCUCAUCUUCCAAUAAUGUCUUGGGUUUCUUUGCUAAAUCAUUCAGGGUGUGUGUUCAAAAAGGCCAGUGUAUUGAUAGCCAGUUGCUAGCAAUUCGAGAUGUGGUUCAAAACUCAGCUGGACCGUGAUCAGAAUAAGCAAACUAAGCAGCUGUUUAGGGCUCCCAAGAGUGUUUUCAUGCCAAGAUGCAUUUAUUUUAUUAAAUAAAAACAAAUUCUGCUUAGGACCCCAUAAAGGCUCGAGCCGGUCUUGAACGCAAUGCUCCAGGCUGGAAAACAAAACUGUGAAGUUGGGUUUCUUAGCCACUGAAUGCUGCAUGGCACUAAGGCUCCAGCAACGUACAUAAUAAAUGUCACUGUGCCAUCAAAACAAGUCAGAAAUACAUAAUUUUAAUUACAGUGUUACUUUAACAGAGCACUAUCAGAGCAUCAUCAUCUACGUGUUAAAGUCCCACGUAUCUGUACAUGUUCCUACAUGAGGACGUUUAAAUUCUAUGUCUUCCCAGUGUUAAACUAACCACAAAGAAGAAAAAUAAUCUUUUUUUCUACAUUUCAAUUUCAAUCUAACUUGCGAUUUUUUAAAAAACUUUUCUACGCUGCUCAAACCUAUAAAUGGUUACUGUUAGGAGUUAAAAGUCAAAAGGUUAGAUUAGAAUUAAUGUACUUGGAUAGAUUGGAUAGAUAGAUAAUUCCUAGGACUGAGCAGAUUCACUGGUCUCACGAUUCUAUUCGAUUACAGUCACGGAUUAGAUUUGAUCCGAUUCCAAUUUUCUAUGUUACUGUUCAUUGCUUCCUUUUUUUUAUCAAUGAAUAUAAGCAGACAGAUCAUAAUGAACUCCCUAUUUAUAUAUACAAUUACUUCAGAAAUUAAUUUGAGUAUUCUGAAUAUGACAAACAUUAUAAACAUGUAAACAAUGACACUGUUAUCUUCAACUUGAGAACUUUAUUGUUUCACCUCCAGAAAAUCAAGAAACAUCAUUGCUAUACGUUGCAUUAAUUAUAAUCAACUGUUUUGUUGCAGCACUGAUGCAAAAUCGUCUACAUCUGUAUUGCAAUGUAUUGUUAAAACAAAUAAAUUCAUCACCUUUAGCGAUUCUGAACACGAAACAUUAAUGCUGCCUGAUAGCAGGCAAUGGCUCCUAGCCCAUUUAUCAUCUCACAAUGUAAACUGUGGAUUGGGAUGCCACAAUGUUUUGGAAAACAUACCUGCUAUAUGAUUUUGUAUUAAGGCUGGAUUUAACAAGAAACUCAAACAUGGGUGAGUCCACAAGCUCUAAAAGAAACAUAAAUACACAAAUACAUUAACUGAAUCCCAGGAAAAAAUAUGGUGUACUGGUGUUGUUCUAUCAAGGAAUUAAUGUUGCAUGCUGCUAAGAAAUUCUAGUCCAAGAGUAGUAUUGUGGAGGAACUUAAAGUUUAUGUUAGGAAAAUUUCCAACAUCCCAGAGCUCAGAGAAUUAUAUUUUUGUCACAUUUGGGUUGUAGUUCUUUAAUCAUGUUAAUGCACAAAGAAAGAUUUCAUUUCCAAAUGUUUAAGCACCAUUACAAAUAGAUGAAAAGGAUGUAGUGAGUUGGUCUUUAAAGGAUGAACUGUUUUCUACCUUGAGGACUUGGAAUCUUAAAGAAAACAUCUCGACUCAGAAAGUUUUAUGUUUAAAUGUUUUGUUUUCCCUCUCUGGCUCAGUGUAAAGGUCAAUGACUUGUGUUAAAGCUCACAUGAGAGGAAAGAGAAAACGCUGUGCUUUUACCUCAGCAUGAAGAUGUGAAACACACCGUGUGCCGUGCUGUGACAUGAAUGUGAAUGUUUGUCUUUACAGUGUGUUAAUUUUUUUUAUUCUGUAUUAUUGUAUUUUGAAGUGAAACUAACUGAAUGUGGAAUUGUUUAAAAAAGAAAAACAGGGAAUGUAGAUUUACAUAAUAAAUGGUUUCCUUUG